AUGCCAUUGUCUAUAAGCAAUGAGCUUAUCGCUAUUGGUGCUAACCGCCAUGUUGAUUCAUCCGAUUGGGACGAUACAAACGAGAUCCUUGCCUUUGGAGGUGGCCAUCUCAUUAAUCUCUGGAAACCUCUGACCACUUCCAACAUUUACUUCUCUCUCAAAGGUCAUACUGCUGAAGUCACUUGCGUCAAAUUUGUCGAAAAUGGUGCUCUAAUCAUCUCAGCUUCCGCAGAUGGCCAGGUUAAUGUUUGGCAACGAAACGAUGCUACUCUCACAUACUCUCUUCUACAAGAGUUUGGUGAUCACCAUCAACAGUCCGUCACAACCUUGACUGCAACAAGAGGUGCUAUCUCUUCGGUCAUUGUUUCAGGAUCUUCUGAUGGUCACCUUUCCUUUUGGGCCGUUGAUCUUUCCAUCCCAGAUUCUCCAGUUUCUCUCAUUAGUAACCUCAACUUUGGUGUUUCCACUCUCCCCCUCGCAUCCGCAAUAACCUUUUUACCACAGCAAAAUUCUUCCUCUUCACCUUCACCAUCACCAUCACCACCAUCUCAAGACCAAUUUGCUGUGGCGGUCGGAAAUACAAGCAAAUACACCUACAUUUAUGUCGGCGGGCCCGACCAGCCCUUUACGGAAACUGCAAAACUUGAGGGCCAAAGCGAUUGGGUCCGCGCACUCGCCUUUUCUCACGUCCAACCAAAUGGAUCAAUUUAUCUUGCCUCUGGAUGUCAGGAUAGAUAUAUCCGAAUUUGGAAUCUUUCCCAGGGUAAGUACGAUCCAUUGGCUCCAACCGACGAUGAAGACAAUAAUAAGGACUACGAAGAUGAACAAACACGUCAACUCUCAAACAAGGUUUACCCAUUAUAUACCUCAUCAGGAGCCGCAUACAAUAUGAAGUUUGAUGCACUGAUCAUUGGCCAUGACGACUGGAUCUACUCUCUACAAUGGCACCCCUCAAAGCUCCAGCUCAUGUCUUCCUCCGCUGACUCAUCCAUCAUGAUUUGGUCCCCUGACGAGCUUUCUGGAGUCUGGCUCUCAAAAACACAGCUCGGUGACAUCUCAAUUAAGGGCGCUUCUACUGCCACUGGUGCUUAUGGUGGCAUGUGGUAUUCUUCCUGGAUCGGCUCAGACAAUCGUACCAUUAUUUCUCUCUCAAACACAGGUGCUUGGAAGUGCUGGACUCAAGUCGACAAUGAAUCCCACAUUUGGAAACCGGAACGAGGUAUUUCCGGCCACUUUAAAAGUGUCACCGACGUUAGCUGGUCAACAGAUGGCCGUUAUCUCUUAAGUACAGGCCUUGACAAGACAACCCGUCUUUUCGCUCCCUGGCUUAAGGACCCUAACACCCCGCCGGGCACAAAACACAAGUGGUACGAAAUGGCACGCCCCCAAAUCCACGGCUACGAUAUGAUUGCCAUUGAGUCUCUCUCUCCCUCGGUUUUUGUUAGCGCCGGCGAUGAAAAAGUCUUGCGCGCUUUUAAUAUUACAAAGUCACUUGCUACUCUUCUUAACAAUACAAUUGGUCUGACUAUCGAUACUGAGUCUCUUUCAUCUGGCGCAGCCACUGUCCCUGCUUUGGGUCUUUCCAACAAAGCAGUCACUGGCGAUGCUGAUGUUGUUGACGAUGUUGCUGAAGAAGACAAGGACUUGGGCACAGAAGCCACUGAAGAUAUUGGUAUUGAUGAAACUGCUCCACCUCUCGAGGAUCAACUCCAGCGGUUGACCCUUUGGCCUGAAAUUGAAAAGAUUUAUGGCCACGGUUAUGAAGUUACCACACUUGCUAUUUCCCACGACAGGUCUUUGGUAGUUUCAUCAUGCAAGGCCAACUCUAAGGACCAUGCUGUUAUACGGAUAACAGAUACUGAAACUUGGCAAAAGGAGUUCAAGCCGUUGUCAUUCCAUACACUCACUCCAACCUCUCUUAAAUUCUCUCCUGACGACAAGUACCUGCUUUCUGUUUCUCGUGACCGUACCUGGGCUCUUUGGCAAAGAAACGGCACAAGCAUUCAGGAAACCGGGAACUCCAUCUUCGACCUGGUUGAAACCAGCAAGCUCCACACACGUAUUGUUUGGGAUUGCUGUUGGGCAUACAUUCCAGAAAACAAGGCAUAUUUCUUUUUCACAGCUUCUCGUGACAAAACAGUAAAAGUCUGGACCCAGGCUCCUGAAAACUCUGACAAGAAGUGGGAAAACGUUUUGGGUAUUCAGUUUAAGGAACCCGUCACAGCCAUCGAUGUCAAGUACAUACCGGAAACUGGUAAGCAUGUUCUUGCGGCUGGUCUUGAUGACGGCUCCAUCAGUUUAGUUGCACUGAUGAUUAACCCGGUGGCGGAUGAAAAGAAGGUCGAGGCAGAACCUGCCGUAAAAGUUGAUGCUACCAUCACACCUUCAGGACGAAUCAGCAAGCUUACUUGGAACCCCCACCCGGAGAAUCUUGUAGGUCUUGACGGUGACAAAACCCCGUCUAACCUGAUUGCAAUUGCUAGUGAGGACCGAUCGGUCCGUGUUUUAAAGGUUUCUGUUUAA